CCCAGCAGCAGCAGCAGUUUUUCGCCCUUUCCAGCGUCCGGCAAGCCGCCGUUCAUCGCCACCAUGGAGUUCGCCAGUGUCGACCUGUCGACGAUCUCCGACGAGGACCUGCUGCGGAAAAUGUGGCAGCAGACAGAGGACUUUACGCGCAAGAAAGAGAUCCGUGCGUAUAUGUACAAGCUGCGCGAGCAGCGGCUGAAGGAUUUCUACGCCAGCAACGACAGCAGCCCACCGUACUUCCUGAUGGAUAACGCCAGCGCGACGUUCGGGCUGAAGAAGGGCACAGUGACGAGCAGUCAUGGUGACUCGCUCGUCGAUCAGAGCUUCGAGAGCUUCAAGACGAAGGAAAUUCGUGACUCCGAGAGCCCAACCAGAUUCGGCAGCAUGGCCAUCCCGACGGAUAACAGUGGCUGGCAGAUUCGCGCCUCAGAGGAGCUGAGCGAGGACGGCAAAACGCACACGGUGCACACCUCUGCGACCACGCAGGGUACGAAGGAUAUUGCUGGAGGUCACACGGCAUUCGCCGGGAAGAACCUAGAAACGCAAAGUGAGCAUUUCGAUGGUGACGAGUCGAACUACGUGCACAAGAAGGGCAACAAGUCCAGCACGGUGUUGAUGGAGGAUAGUGUUGUAGAGAGUGAUGAUGGUCGCACUGUGACUGGUUCGACUCGCUCCACGACUACGUCGAUGUCCUCGUCGCAUGUAGUGCGUCAACAGCACCAAGGUGAGGAUACCGGUCGUGCGAAGAAACACCUAUCGGAUGCCGUGGACUUCGGAGCAUCGGUGUUUGACGAUGAUCACUUCAGCGCGACGGAAAAGCGCACCGUCACCAGCACGAAUUCGAGCACGGUCCGCACGAACACCGUCAAGAGCGGUGAGACCACGGCAAAUUCAACGCCGGCAAACGAACGAACGACCCCGAAGGAACUCUCCAAGGAUCCGGAACGCGUACGGGAGGCAUUCCGGUUGGCACAGGGUUCGGGUAAGGUGAUCGAACGCGAAGAGACGAUGGUGAACGCCUCUACGCGUAUGAUCACCGAAACGAAGCAAUUGGAUGAUGGCACCACCGUGACGACGCGCACGUACGAGAAAGUAGCUCAGGAGUCGUCCGGUGCGACUCCACAGCAGGAUGGCUCUGUGGGCCGAUCGGGUCGUCUUGCUAACGCGUCAAGCGAUCUCAUCCGACAGGAGCAAACAAACCAGUCGUCAGUGAAGACAACCUCAACGAGCACGCAAAGAAUUGCCGUGGAGGUUGAUGCCGCUCACGACUCAUUUGUACGCUCGUUGAGAUCAGUUUCUCCUACUGGAAGUGUUCGGUCGAUGCGCUCGAAUGCCACCAUCUCUGGUAGAUCUAGUGUAAGCCCGGACAAGUCUCAGUUGGGUGCUCGAGGUGAACAGGACUCGAAACCCGAUUACAUGCGCUCAACGUUCACUUCCGAGCGCAAGUUGUCCAACUUCCAGGAGCAGCAAACCGGCUCAAGCCAGAGAUCGGCUAGCCCACGCAAGGGAUCAACGAACACGGCACCAGCUUCACGAGGACCAUCUCCUGUGAAGCAGUCGUCCUCCACAAGCACAACGGUACGGGAGCAGGAAACUUUGACCACUGAAGAAAAGGAUCUCCAGCAGGUCGAUGGCAAGACUUUCCGUGGUGGUGCAAAACCGCCACUAGUACGCAGCGAAACGUAUGAAGAACGAUGCCGCAAAAUCUUGGGCAUGUCGAACCGACCCGCUGAUGAAGAAACGAAGGUCGAGUCACAGAGCAACGGCAGCAUCUUCAGCACUUACGACAAUACGGUGACAGUGCAGCAAUCUCGCUCGGAGAUACGCGAGCAGCGCAAAAAGAUUGAACAAGAGAUCAUGGAGAUGGAGAGCGAAUCUGUGAGACGUCGCACUAGCGAUGUGCGAGAGGAUGAACAGGAUAGUGUGUUGAAGAAGCCUCGCCAAUCGUCUUCGAAAGAGUCCUCUCCGACACGGAAGCAAGAAUUGUCUCCUACGCGCAAGGCAUCUAUCGUCAAGGAGGUAUCUCCAACACGCAAGCCAUCAGUGCCGGAGACACCGGUGGUUAGGAAGUCUCCAAUGAAGGACUCCUCACCGAGCCGUAAGGCUUCUUCGCAGGAAACGUCUCCUACGCGUAAGCUCUCUACGUCCAACAAGGAUGCUUCACCCACACGGAAACCGUCCGCUCAAGAGAUUCCAUCGGCAAGGAAGUCACCCGUAAUGGAGUCUCAAGUACGAGACGACUCGCCUACACGCAAACCAUCGUUGAAGGAAGCCUUACCAACACGAACGGUUCAACAGCCAACUAACUCGAAGGAUGUCUCACCGACACGCAAGCCUUCUCAGACGGACACUUCCAACCUUCGGAAGUCUCCCACAAAAGAUACAUCUCCGAUACGGAAGUCUUCCUUCGCACAAGAGAGCGCCGUAUCCUCAAAGGAUAUAACAAAAACGACCAGCGAAACGACAACUAAGAGCAAGGCGACGGUACUCGUAGAGCAGAAGAAGGAAGGUCGAAACAUCUCGGUGGCUGAGAUCACCAUCAUGCCCGUUAUGGAGGUGUCGGAAAGCGUACGAGCGAAACCGACGGCGACGCGCGUUCAUGAGAAGGUCCUGACGAAGCAAUCCUCAGACACGAAGUUCGAUCGCCGCACAACGUCGACCGCCAACAGCCGCGUGAUCACCAACAAGAGCUCGUCCGACUUCGAUGUGAAGCGGCGCGCCGCAGAGAUGGUGCAGACGCAGGGGAAAAAUAGAACUCCUGCCACUAGCCCGGAUAAGCGUCGUCCAGUGGUAGAGAAGCCGUCGCAGGAGAAGGUAAAGCAGACGAACCACAUCACAGUAGCAAAGAUUAAGAUCGAAUCAAUGCGCAAACCAACGCAGGUGAAGUCACACGGUGAGGAGGUUGUUUCGAGAACUUCUGGCAAACAACAGACGUCCGUACCGAAGCGACUGGAUCCGGAAACGGACCCAGAGUCGAGCAAGGACACUGGCAUCUCUGAUAACAGUGAAGUUGAGGAGACGGUUGAGAGCGUGAUCGAGAUGAACGUCACGGGAACAUCGUGUUGCCGCCAUUCGGAUCGCAAGGAUUCGGCUCCGGUCUACCGUACCACUGGCGCUGCUCGAACGGGCAAGAACUACACGCGUUCGUCCAGCGACAAUCAUCUCCGAGCGACAAACGUCAGCAACCGCCAAACAUCGGCCUCAACUUCCUCUAAAACAGGGACUACAACAACCAGCGGACGCAAGGUGGAGAGACCUGUCAAGCACGUCGCCACGAAAACUAUCAACCUCUCGACGAAGGCGGUGACUGGUACGACUACCCUUAGCUCAACGCUUGAAUCUGACCACCUAGACAACGUCGUGAUUGACAUUCAGUUGGCGAAGUCGUCGCGAGAACCAACACCCAACAAGCUGGUGCCGAUUCCAGUCUCACCUGAUACGGAGGACUUUGGGAAACCACGGUACCCGGAUGCUGUUCAGGAGCCGGAUGAUGAGGCACAGAAUCGACAGGCUCGCACUCCGAGAGUGAGCAAUAUCCCCAUCUUUGAGGAGGCCACGAACGAGUACGUUGGCUGCGAGAUCACUGAGGUGGAGGAGCACGAGCAGACGACUUCGCAGCAGGCGACACGCAUCACGAACCUCGAUCGCGUGACGGAAGAUGAUGAGUCGCUGCUGAGCGUCACAGAGAAGGUGAGCAAAUUCGCGCAGGAGGCCCGCCGCCUACAAGAACCGUCGGCCACAGAGCCACGAACUCAGCCGGCUCGGUUCGCAGCUCGACCGGAGUAUGACGACCUCGACGAACAUUUGAAGUCCGAUGAGUGCCUGUUGAGCGUGUCGGAUAAGGUGACGAAGUUCAUCUCGACCGCGGAGGAGGUGAAGAAGAUCCGCACGUCCGGAUUGUUCGUGCCCGAGGGCGAGGAUGUCCCAGCCAAGGUCACGGAUGGCGACGAGUGUUUAUUGAGCGUGAAUGAGAAGGUGAACCGAUUCACGAGUCGUAUGGGUGCGGCUCGCACGUCAGAGGGUCGUGAAAGUGUUGCCACCAGUCAAACACGCCCAAAUCGUCUUCGAGAGCAGGAGCACGUUGAUGAGGAAGAGUUGGAAGAAGCGAUUGAUGAUGAUGAGCGCACCGGCAGUAUGUCAGAGUCGGUGAGCGGCAAGUUUGCACCGCAGAAGUCACCUGAGCUGGUGAAGAACGCCAUGCGUAGUACGGCUCGGCACACUGUGGUGGACUCGACCGCUGAUGAGCUUGUACGUACUAGUGGAUCCAGUAUUGCGGAUCGCUACCGCACAACAACUAUGAGCAAACAGUUCGAGAAGCAACCAACAGGUGUCGCGCCUUCAACGAGCCCCAUAACGCUUCGCAGCACCGAGGCCGUGAAGAAGGCGAAAGAGAUAUUCGAGAAGGGUCAGACGGUACAAGACUCUCGUCAGCGGGACAUCCUGAACCGUCCCUCGAUCUGGGAGGACCGCCGAAGCAAGCAACAGACACAACAGACGAGCCAGAAGGUGAACGAUGUGAAGGUAAGCGACGUGAAGCUUACCGAUAUUGGAGUGUAUGACCGGAAGUCGACACGCCAAGAGCAUACGGUUGUUGACAGCGUGACCCGUAAGGAAUCGAUUACGGAGCCUACGAUGGAAUCACCAAAACCUGCCACAACUCCUGCAGGCAGUCGUCGUGACAGCGGCAGCGGUGUUCGCGCUCCAGCCUACAUUCGCGACACGGUGUCCUCAAAGAAGGAUCUGUUUGAGAAGCGUAUUUCGUCGUCAAAGAUACAAGUCGAGGCUGUGCAAACGGCACAAGAAACGGAUUCCUCAGCCUCUGUAACCUCAGCCAGAAAGCAUUCGUUGAAACAACAGCCAGAACCCAGUGUGACGUCUCCGACCAAUCGUCCGGCUACGGUUGUGGAUUAUUCGAAACCGUCCUAUAUGAACCACACGGUAGCGUCGCUGGAGCAUAUCAACGCCAACCAGCGGCGAGACUCGCUCGACCACGGUGUCGGAGUACAUCAUGAAUCAACGGUCACACGCAGUACAACCAAUAGCGCCAAGUUUGGUGUUGAACUGAAGCGUCCAGAUACAGGCAACCGUCCAACAACGCUAGCACUGACCACAACACCGGUCCCUGCUAGCAGCGGGCCAGGACCUGCCAGCUCAAAGCGCAAAACAAGCGCAGGUGAGAGUCAACCGUCUCCCACGACGACUCCCGUGAUCGAGGAGAUGUUCGAGCUGGACGCGCUCGAGCGGAUGCUGGAAUCGGUGACCGGGUAUGAACAACGUCGUCGCAUCCGGGCGCAGAUUCGUGUGGUGAAGAAGCUCAAGGAGCAACCACAGCAACAGCAAUCGGUAACUGGACGGCCGACUAGCAACACUGUAGUGACGUCGAAGAGUGUUACUUCCUCCAGCAGUACUACGGUGACAAGUGGCCGAGAUAACGUCUCUACCAAGCGCAAGGAUUCAAGCCCGGUACGCUCUUCCGUACGCAAGCAGUCGUCUUCUACGGUUAUGGACGCUACAGACACUGGCAUUAAAAGCCAAGGAUCCCCAACUGGCAUCAAGAACCAAGAGUCAAGUGUCAUUGUCACCGAGACGGAAGUAAACGUUGAGCGAAGCGGCAAACAACGUCAGCAGCAAGAAACUGCCAGAAGUACUGCAACUAGUACGACAACUUCGAAGGUGGCAUCACUGGCGACGGAUCGGUUCGGAUCGAAAACAAGCGCUCAGCAGCCUGCGAAGGACGACCGACCUAUCUGGGCUACGAGCAACAUUCUGAAGAAGGCGUCGGAGAACACGCGCACGUUCAAGAGUAGCAACGUGAGCACCUCGAUCACAAGUGGUGGUACGUCGGUCGGUCGAAAGACGCCGAAGACGACGACAGACUGCAUCACCUCGAGCUACGGUGUUGGACCGACAGAUGAGAACGGGCUGCCACUGUUUGGAAUUCGUGCCCUGAAGAAGAAGGCAGCACCAGCUCCGGCGGAGUUAAAUGGUUCGAAUGACACCGAUGGUCACAACACGAUCAGUGGUACUAUCGUCACUGAGACGAUGUACUCGGAAAAUGGAGGCCCAGCUGUGGGUAAGCGAUCUACUACUCACUAUUCGAAUGAACCAGGUGCCCUCUCGGGGCUUCUGGACAACGGUGAACGUAACGGUGACGCUCGCUCGAAGACGUACGACGUCAACACCUCCGGUAGAAGACCGGGCAGUGGUCUGAUGGCGAUCCGUAAGACGGAGACUAUAGAUGCAGCAGGCACGCGUACGGAGGAGCUCGAGAUGCUGGAUGGUCCGGAAGAGGUAGCUGCUCGCCACGAGGCUAAGGUGGUGCGCAAGGGCUCAGUGAAGGAGCUGACAGAGCGGUUCAUCCACCGCGAAUCAACCGGUUCACUGACGCAAGAGUCCACCCGGACGUACCCGAAGGCCGGCCUGAUACUGCGAUCUUCCGCCCACAGUCAGUCCAGCCGGGCCUCAACACCGGCCACUGACGGCUGCUCCGUACAGUCCGGAUCAGUUGAUGAGUUUGAUCAGGAGCACGAACAAACCGAACUCCGCUCUGCGACGUCCUCACGUCAGGUACGUUCCUUCUUGAACGACACUUCCAAGGUCGUUGACGUGCGGGACGUGCUGCAGCGAAUGAGCAACGCCGAUAACGUACACGAACAGGGAGACUCUGCGGAGGAUCAGGAGGCCCGGGCAUUGCUGAACAAAUUUCUUGGAGCAUCCGUGCUGAUGAGUGGCGUCGAGUCGAUGGUUUCGUCGACCGCCAGCGUGCUGUCGGAGCCGGCUUCCGCACCCACUACCAAGAAGGUGUCGAAGGUAUCCACGACCACUAGUACCACAAAAACUCAGACGGUCAAGUCGUCCGGUGCCGCUCCGAAGCAAGUGACCCUCGACAAUCUCGACGAUAAUUGGGACGAAGCUGUGUUGAAGCAGUUGCUGGAAUCGACCACAAACUACGAAGAUCGCCGCAAGAUCCGAGCUCGCAUCCGGCAAAUAAUGGCUGAGAAAGAAGCGUGCGCCGACAUCGUCGCCAUCGUAACAGCCGAUCUGCAGCGCGAGCGCCAUCUUCAACAGCAAUCGAUGGCGGCGGCCGGUUCUAGCCGUCCGAGCGCCACAUCGACGGCUGUCAACGGUCUACCACAGGGUGAGUCACUCCUGCUGCCCCUGCUGCAGGGGUUGCUGUUGAGCAACGCGGCCGCUAGUGGCAGUGUAGCGGGUCCGGUGGUGGCCGGUACGACGACCGUCGCGAUGCCACCGGUCGAAGACUCGGGCACAGAGUCCGGCGAGGACCUACGGCUUCUAGCGGCGGCAGGUCUGCAGGAUGUGAAUAGUGGUGGUGGUAGUGGGAUGCCCACCGCGGGUGCGGUGGGGGGACUGUCGGGGUUGCUGAGCGAGGUAGCAGCGGCCCUCGACCGGUUGCAGGUGACACUGCGUGGGGAGCCAUCGACAGGCUCGGCAGAGGUGAUGCAGCUCGAUGCGGAACAGCGCCGAGGGUUGUUGGCUCUUGUGACGCGGUUACAGCAGGGUUUGCUGCAACCGGACAUUCUCGGGGCCGAACCGGGGCUCGGUGAUAGAAGGCGGUCCGAGGUGUUGGAUGCGAGCCAGGGCCGGGCUCGGGCCGGAAGUUCAAGGUUCAGUGCGAAACGGCGUACCAAUCGCAACAACCGGCACACGGUGGGUGUCAGUCGUGAGGAGCUUGCCGACGCGAGAAGAUUCAUCGAGGAGAUGGUGUUGAUGGACAGCAGACAGCAGUCGGAGGGCGGUGUACCGGCACCGGAGAAGGCGUACCUGUUGCAGAAGCAACAUUCGCUCGGGACCGUGCUCGGGCCGGCAGCCGAACCUACACCUGAGCCUCCAACGCCAACACCUGCGUUCGCGAUGAAACGCCCCAGCCAGUUCGUACCGAAAGAGAUGCAGAAUGGGCAGACGUCACUGGACAAGCUGUCACUGCCGAAACCGGGACCUGCGCCGGUGGUGAAACCGCUCAAGGAGCGUGGUGUACUACUGCGGCAGUCGGUAAGUGUGGAUCAACCUGACGGAGUAGCUACGGACGCGACCAGCUCUAAGCCGAUUGACCUACACAAACACCCGCACAAGCACGCGACCAAACCAGCGCCGGAGUUGGUGCCCUUCAAGAAACCCACACAAACCGUAGCCCAGAGGGCGCUAGUGAAGAAAUACUCGUUCAACGACGGGUCCAGCUCGGAUGAGGAUGAUGCUCGGCGUGCACUUAGGAAAACGGAAGAGCCUAAGAAGACGGCUGAGCAGACGGUGUUACGAAACAAACCGGGUCCUGCAGGUCCGGGCUCGAUCGUGGUCAACACCGUGCAGAAGAUCGUGAGCCGUGAAACGAAGGUGCCACCCAAUGAGAUAGUGGCUAAAGCACCUGUGACGCGACGUUUGCCGGUGCAAAAUGGCCGUCAUACACCGGAAGGUGCACCGAAAGAGGUCACCGAGAUAGGUGGGCGGCCACUCAACAAGUACGCCAGCAAGAAGUUACGGAUGAAGCGCGCAAACACGAUUGAUCUGCCGAAGAACCUACCGCCGAGUGAUGAUGAGGAAGGUCCAAGACCGCAAGUGAAACGUCCGGUAGGUUCGGGAGCGAAGGCACCAGGUGUGAGCUCCACUGCACCACCUGUGGAGGUGCCCGACUUCAAGCCACGCACGGAGAACGAUCUCAAGUUUAUGGCAUUCCUGCAGCGUCAGAACCAGCAGACCCGCCAGGUCUGGAGCAAUCCGGUGCGAGAGCAUGUCGGCUCGAACAAUUGGACGAACAAGUUCGGUCACCUGAAGAACAACUUUGAACAGGCGGAUCGGCGUGAUCGAUCGGACCUACCACCUCGGCACGGUGCACCCCGAACGUCUGCAAUGAACUUUUGGAAGCAGGCAGAGAAUGGUUCCUUCGAUGAGGGAGCUCGUGCAGGUCCGAAACCUCACGCGAAGUCUACAACACCUCAAAACCAGCCGGUUGGACCCGGUCCGACGAGAUCGACGCAAUCGGUUGGUAGAUUUAGCAGCGGUAUGUCCCCUUCGAGUCCUGUCGUGGAAGGGAAGCUGGUAUUGCCGAAAGCCGUGGUAGCCAACGCGAACUCCAGUCAAUUCUCGCAUGCGGCAGCUUCUGCCUUCAAGCCGAUUCCGAAGAAGCUGCCUCCGGCACAUCUCGAGUUCAAGCCCAUCCAGCACGAGCCAGCUGUAGUGAAGCCGAUCCCAGCACGUGUCUCGAACGCAACCGGUCAGGUACGGCAGAUCGUCGCCAGCGGAUUUAAGGAAACACCAGAGAUCAAACCCGAGCCGAUGCACAUUCAGCUUGGUCUGGUUCGGUCGUUGGCAGCUCAAGGCUACCAAGAGACACCGUACGUACCGCUUCCAAAGUUGGAGCGUACACCCACGCACAAUGUGCUCAACUACAAGCCUCAAGCGGAAUCCUCAGGUUCUGCAGAUCCAGCUCCGGCCGCGCCCUGGGUCGGCAAAAAGUCUACUGAUGUUACCGGACCUGCCGGCAGCAGGGUUGCGAGUAUCGCCGCCACCAAAUUCACGGCCAACUCCUUCGGACACCACAAACCGUCACUACCCGCAUCUCAACCUCUCACGUAUCACGGUUCGUUGAAGUACUCCGAAAAACCGCUCACAUACCAGCUUGCUGGGUCGAUGCCGCACGAGAAGCGACCCUCGCUGCCGGACGUCUCAACAGCACAUCUCGGCACGUACACCUUCACCGACUACACACAGCCUGAGUCCGUGUCGACGUUUUCGCUAAACCGCAGUGACUCACUGACGAAUCCCGAGAACGCACCCCUCGUACUGACGAGCUCAAACUCCGUCUUUGGUCCAACAGCACCGCAACAGAUCAACUACCUGGCGGUGCAACUCGAUCAACCCCGAUCGGCGUCGCACUCGUCGGCAAACGGUGACGACGACGAUGAAGAUGACGAAGCAGGUGUGCUGGACUACGAUGAUCUAGAGUCAGUAGAUUCGCAAGAGAUGCGCGUUGUCUCAAAGGUGAUGCAGGCACCGCAAGGUCAGCAGGCCACGUACACGUCCGCCCCAAGACCAACCCAUCUAAACGGGUAUGACGCAGGUGGUCGUGGUUCACUAAUCGCCCAGAGUUUGCACACGUCACUGAAGAAGAUCAAGGAUAAGAGUCCGACACCACCCAAACCUCUGCGGCAGCAUAAUGUGCCGCAACAGGUAAUGCCGUCGCCCAAUCGAAGGUCCUUGGUUGCACCUCAGGUGGAGAUCACACCUGCACAGGUGGUGCCUUCGCACGCAAUCUACAACAACGUACAGCGGUUGCCGGAUCAAGGACUGGCACGCACCAAGUCUAGUCAUAACCUCGCUGUUCCAGCGACAGUACAGCAGCCACGUCCCAUCAGCACCGAGCGACAACGCACGGUGGAGGCGUACUUCUCCGGGCAGCCUGCACCGACCCGGCAGAUCCACCCGAACCCGAACGCCGGCUAUAUGAUGUCUCGAACAGCGUCCAACCAGAACCUGAUGAUGCGAGACAAGUCAGGGAUGACAGCACCGUACGGUUCCGUUCGGCCAGUAUCUUACGCAAUGGGCCACAAUGUUGGGUACUACAAUGGCACCGGUCAUGGACAACCAACGCAGAUGGAUCUGCAUGGAUACGGACCGGUGGGAAACUUCCAACACCAGCAGUCUAGGCAUGUCCCAAGUUACGCGAAUGGUACACCAACGUACUCGCAACAGCAGCCACUCCCUGGAGGUUUAUUGCGGAGUCGCACUAUGCCCCAUAUACCACUUGGCAGCCUAUCACUGCUCGAUGAGAACAACGUGGAGGACGCAUUCGAGGAGCUCAUGAACCAAUCGUUUGCCGUCUAA